GUGGAGUGGGUUCUUGCUGUGUUCUAUAGCCAUGCUCCUGGUCAUCUUCCCCAUGUUUGCUUUCCCUAAGAAGCUGCCUCCUCGCCACAAGAAGAAGAAAAAGAUGACCUCAUCAGCAGAUGACAUGUCCAGCGAUGAUGAUUUUAUGAUGGAGAAGGAAAAGGGACAGAACGUCCAGACCGGCAUGGGCUUCGGGAAGGACAUCAAAGGUGUGUGUGUGUGUGUGUGUGUGUGUGUGUACAGGGCCAUAGACUACCUCUUCGAUGUAACAGUCCAUUGGUUUUACUUUGGGACUCUACAGUGUAAAGGAGGGUCUGUGAACCAUUAGGGAUAUCAUCAAAUAUGAAUGUGAUAAUGGCUCAGUAUCUGCUGUCCAAUGGAAGCUCUAUGAUGGGUCACUAAUCUGCUAGCCAAUGGAAGACCAGUGAUGCAGUCAUCCUCAAACAGCUUCCAUUGAUCACCAUGGAGGCACCUGAAGUAGACUUAGCCUUAGAGAUCCUUAGUUAACCAACAUGUUGUAGCAAAGCUGGAGUGAUGCUUAUUCUACCCCUCUCCAGAUAGGCUACGUCCCAAAUGGCCCUAUGUGCCCUGGUUGAAAGUAGUGCACCAUAUAUGGAAUAGGGUGAGAUGUGGUCCUCUGUAGCUCAAUUGAUAGAGCAUGGCUCUUGUAACGCCAGGGUAGUGGGUUCGAUCCCCGGGACCACCCAUACGUAAAAAUGUAUGCACACAUGACUGUAAGUCGCUUUGGAUAAAAGCGUCUGCUGAAUGGCAUAUUAUUAUAUUAUGACUGGAGACAGCUUGCAACACGCAUCUGAUUAUUUAUUAUGAAUGGGAUUUAUUUGAUUUAUUUAUUUUACAUUCGCCAUUGUAACCACAAUGUCACAUAUAAUUGAACACAUACACACAACAUGAGCAGAUUAACUUGGUCAAAACAUGUCUUUAUUAAAGAUGAUCAGAAAGGAUGUUGGUACUUAUUUAUUUUCAUCCAAAGCCACGAAUGAGUUAGUCGCUCAGCUUUAUGCUGACAAAUAUAGCUUUAUGCUGCAAAAUAGCCUACAAAUUAGACCAAGCCUAAACUAAUACAUUAAAUUGCCUAAAUAAACUAGUACAUUUCAUAAAUAAAACAAAUAAAUGAAAUAGCUCAGGUCUUGAAAAUAUGAGCAACCUUUUUCCCCUCUGUAUUCUCGCUGGACUCUCUUUCAUUCAGUUUCUUCUUAACAUCAGCAAAGAAGGACUCUGUGUUUCAGAAACUCACUUUAUACAGAGGGGCUCAGUCUUUCCACACUGUGGUAAAUAAAGCCAGUUUGUUAUUUAGAAUUAUUUAUUUCUGUUUUUUUGUGGGAGAGAACCCAAAAGCAUAACCAAAAGCAUAAUCAACGUUCUAACUCCCCUAUUCCGUGAUAGUGUGACGGAAUGACGCAAUUUACCACCAUCUACCACAAACGUGUCACAGCAUAAGCUCAACACUUUUAAUUGAUGAACCACUGUACAGUGGGGAAAAAAAGUAUUUAGUCAGCCACCAAUUGUGCAAGUUCUCCCACUUAAAAAGAUGAGAGAGGCCUGUAAUUUUCAUCAUAGGUACACGUCAACUAUGACAGACAAAAUGAGAGAAAAAAAAUCCAGAAAAUCACAUUGUAGGAUUUUUUAUGAUUUUAUUUGCAAAUUAUGGUGGAAAAUAAGUAUUUGGUCAAUAACAAAAGUUUCUCAAUACUUUGUUAUAUACCCUUUGUUGGCAAUGACACAGGUCAAACGUUUUCUGUAAGUCUUCACAAGGUUUUCACACACUGUUGCUGGUAUUUUGGCCCAUUCCUCCAUGCAGAUCUCCUCUAGAGCAGUGAUGUUUUGGGGCUGUUGCUGGGCAACACGGACUUUCAACUCCCUCCAAAGAUUUUCUAUGGGGUUGAGAUCUGGAGACUGGCUAGGUCACUCCAGGACCUUGAAAUGCUUCUUACGAAGCCACUCCUUCGUUGCCCGGGUGGUGUGUUUGGGAUCAUUGUCAUGCUGAAAGACCCAGCCACGUUUCAUCUUCAAUGCCCUUGCUGAUGGAAGGAGGUUUUCACUCAAAAUCUCACGAUACAUGGCCCCAUUCAUUCUUUCCUUUACACGGAUCAGUCGUCCUGGUCCCUUUGCAGAAAAACAGCCCCAAAGCAUGAUGUUUCCACCCCCAUGCUUCACAGUAGGUAUGGUGUUCUUUGGAUGCAACUCAGCAUUCUUUGUCCUCCAAACACGAUGAGUUGAGUUUUUACCAAGAAGUUCUAUUUUGGUUUCAUCUGACCAUAUGACAUUCUCCCAAUCCUCUUCUGGAUCAUCCAAAUGCAUUCUAGCAAACUUCAGACGGGCCUGGACAUGUAUUGGCUUAAGCAGGGGGACACGACUGCACUGCAGGAUUUGAGUCCCUGGCGGCAUAGUGUGUUACUGAUGGUAGGCUUUGUUACUUUGGUCCCAGCUCUCUGCAGGUCAUUCACUAGGUCCCCCCAUGUGGUUCUGGGAUUUUUGCUCACCGUUCUUGUGAUCAUUUUGACCCCACAGGGUGAGAUCUUGCGUGGAGCCCCAGAUCGAGGGAGAUUAUCAGUGGUCUUGUAUGUCUUCCAUUUCCUAAUAAUUGCUCCCACAGUUGAUUUCUUCAAACCAAGCUGCUUACCUAUUGCAGAUUCAGUCUUCCCAGCCUGGUGCAGGUCUACAAUUUGGUUUCUGGUGUCCUUUGACAGCUCUUUGGUCUUGGCCAUAGUGAAGUUUGGAGUGUGACUGUUUGAGGUUGUGGACAGGUGUCUUUUAUACUGAUAACAAGUUCAAACAAGUGCCAUUAAUACAGGUAACGAGUGUAGGACAGAGGAGCCUCUUAAAGAAGAAGUUACAGGUCUGUGAGAGCCAGAAAUCUUGCUUGUUUGUAGGUGACCAAAUACUUAUUUUCCACCAUAAUUUGCAAAUUAAUUAAUUAAAAAUCCUACAAUGUGAUUUUCUGGAUAUUUUUUCUCAAUUUGUCUGUCAUAGUUGACGUGUACCUAUGAUGAAAAUUACAGGCCUCUCUCAUCUUUUUAAGUGGGAGAACUUGCACAAUUGGUGGCUGACUAAAUACUUUUUUUCCCCACUGUAUAUACAUUGUCCUGAUGUAAAAAAGAAACAAGAAAGUCCCCUCAUUUACUCUCCAGUAUUUUCCCAGGUCUUUCUCCUGUGACCCCAUUUUCCUCCUGUCUCCUUCCUUGUUAAUGAGUUCUCUGGCGGACCUAGUUACGUUCCUCCUCACAGCACACACUAAUCUAACUUUAUCACUCUGAAACUGCAGACAAGGCACGGCUUUCUGUGCUUUUUAUUAUGCUGUACAUUACCUAAGCACCAGAUGCUUGGGUUGUCUUAGCGUCGUCACUCUAGAGUGUGUGUGUUUGUGUGUGUGUGUGUGUGUGUGUAUUUGAGUCCAGUACAUGCAUGUGUGUGUUUGGGUGGAAAGGAUAAAUUCAACACUUUGUGUUACUAAGGCAGGAGAGCACUGAAGUGGCUGUUUUUUUCAGUGGCUGUUUCGACCUUCUGAAAACUACUGUUACUCACUAUGACUACGUCCCAAAUGACACCAUAUUCCCUAUGUAGUGCACUACUGUACUUGGCCCUGGUCAAAAGUAUUGCACUAAAUAGGGGACCACACAAUGUUUUUUCUAGUGUCUGUUGAUGUUUUUAAGAAUCACAAUGUGGUUGAAUUAUUUAAUAACUCUUCCAUUAAUUUACAUUUUAGUCAUUUAGCAGAUGCUUUUAUCCAGAGCAAUUAGGGUUAAGUGCCUUGCAAAAGGACACAGACAGAUUUUCCACCUAGUCGGCUCAGGGAUUCGAAGCAGCAACCUUUUGGUUACUGGCCCAACGUUCUAACCGCUAGGCUACAUUCACCCAAACUGUUUCACUCACUCUGCACCUGAUCCAUUGGCCCAAAGACACUCUAGGAAUUGAUCUCUCCACUAUUUUCAUUCAUUUAAUAGCAUUUCAUUUCUUAGCAAUGCUGAAAAAGUGGAAAAUACUGGGGGGAAAACUAGACAAAUAAUUGACCAACCUGGUAAGGUAAAUAGGGGAGGGGGACGGCCAAUGCCUUGUAAAAACUAAAAAAGUCAGUUAAGAACAAAUUCUUAUUUACAAUGACUGCCUACACCGGCCAAACCCAGACUAUACUGGGCCAAUUGUGCACCACCCUAUGGGACUCCCAAUCACAAUACAGCCUGGAAUCGAACCAGGGGGUCUGUAGUGAUGCCUCAAGCACUGAGAUUCAGUGCCUUAGACCGCUGCGCCACUCGGGAGCUUAGGGUUCAAACACAUUGGAUCAUUCAUGCCACAAACGUGAACCCCAACUUUCUGUUCUCCGAUACACACAACCAUGUGAUUAGAGAGGGACGGCAAAUUAAGUAAACAGUUAGCUACUGGCUUUCAAUAAUUAGGGUUCAAAUUGUAUCAUCAUGACAUCUUGAACCUAAACAUUCUGGAUAUGUUCUCAUACACACACACAUACAACCAUGUGAUUAAUCCAAUGAACGAUAGAACAAAGAAAGGGUGAAAUUGGGUUAGGAGGAGUUUAUAGCUCUAAUUAUAAAUCCUCUUCAGGCAGCGGUGGAGCAGGAUUUGGGGUCCCUGGUUUCUAAAGGCUAAUUCACAUAAUCUGGUUAUGACUGCAGAGAGAGAGAGAUAUGUGGAAAAAAGAUUUGGAAUUGUACUUUAAGUGGUGAGUAGUGUCAUCAAUGCCCCAACACACACUGUCUCAACACAAAAGUCUCUCUACCACACACACACCACAAAAUAUACAAUCUCUCAGCACAACACACACUCUAUACACAGAGCCCUGAGAGGAUGGUGUGUGUGUGUGCGUGCGUGCGUGCGUAAAAUCUCUCUGUGAUAAUGAUGAUGCUUCCUGAGGUGUGAAAGGAAACAGUUUCCUCUGUGACCAAUAACAAACAGCUGCUGUCCAAUCAGUGAUCACUCUGAGGUGUUGCAAACAAAAUGGGACACCUGGUCAGUUCUGUGACUUGUGUGUUAUAGAGAUAUGAUGUCUUCCUUGUAGAGAAACAACUCACAGUGGUCAAUGUUGCAUAUUGUGGAUCCUUGAUGUAAAUCCAACAUUUUCUAUAAAAAAGAGAGCAAAAAUUGUUUCAAAUUGUCCAAUUGGUGGUUGUCAUUUGAUGUACAGUAGCUGUGUGUCUAGAUAGCUGUAAUGUGUUACCACUAUUGGACACACAAGAACACACCAUCUUUGCUUCUGGUUAUUUCUCAUUGGGUCAUUGGUAGACAGUGUUAUUUGGGGUGAGUGUCCCUUGUCCCGCCCUGCCUUGCCCGGUAACAGUGGGUUAUUUAUAGGGCUGUGGUGUUCAUGAAAUUUUGUCCGCCGGUUAUUGUCAUGCAAAAGACUGCCGGUCUCACGGUAAUUCACCGUUAAUUAACAUAAACACGUUUAGCAUCUCCAGACCUCCAAGCAUACAAGCCGCAUACAAGCCUGGUCCUCUGUAGCUCAGCUGGUAGAGCACGGCGCUUGUAACGCCAAGGUAGUGGAUUCGAUCCCCGGGACCACCCAUACACAAAAAUGUAUGCACGCAUGACUGUAAGUCGCUUUGGAUAAAAGCGUCUGCUAAAUGGCAUAUUAUUAUUAUUAUUAAGCCGCUGAUGUGCGCCUUUGGAACAUCUACAUAAAAAAAAAGUCAAAUAAAUUAAUGUAAUAUACACCAUCACAAGAAAUCCAUUAUUUAUUUUAGUCAAGUCUUAAAGAACCAUUAUGAUAUGAAGAAAAUGAAGAAGAAGAACAGAAUAUGAGUUGGCCUACUGUAUGUUAUCUGGCUAUGCUCCAUGUCAUAGGCUGUAGGCUUGUUCAUUUAGCUGACAAGAUAUGCUUAUAAGUCCCAUUACAUUAUUUUAUAUUAUUUUUAUAGUAAGAAGAAUAUAAUUGAACUUAGCGGAAUAUAAUAUAAAUUAUAUUUUUUCCAUUCUGGAGCGAGUACACAUACAGUAUAAAGUGGCUAUGUUGAGCAUAAAAGUGAUCAUUUGAAACAGGUCCUAUACGUUAGAUUGAGAGUUAUUUGGCAACUUUAGUUGUGAAUGUGUAUAGUGUGCAUGUUUACGACCAUCCCAAAGCAGUAGUGCAUAUUGAGUUCAUAUGACAUUCCUCCUGUGUGUGUGUGUGUGUGUGUUUGUGUGUGUGUAUCCUGUGCUGUGUAUGUACGUGUACAUGUGUGUGUCUACUCUAUGUUUGUGUUAUGGUGUACGCAUGUCUCUGGUCUCUCCCCAGACCUCCCCAAGGCAGCGAUAAGGAUCCUGUCCAACAUGACGUUCCUGUUUGUCAGUCUGUCCUACACAGCAGAAUGUGCCAUCGUUACAGCCUUCAUCACAUUCAUACCCAAGUUCAUAGAGUCCCAGUUUGGCAUCCCUGCAUCUAACGCCAGCAUAUACACAGGUAAGACUAACACUGUUAUUUCUCUCUCUCUCUCUAGAGAGGAGAGAGGAGAGAGAGUAGAGAGAGAGGAGAGAGAGGAGAGAGAGUCGCUCUCUCGAUAUCGAUCAGAUAGCUCUAUCUACAUCGACGACUCUCAUCUCUCUCUCUAGCUCUCUCUCUAUCUAUCUGCUCUCUCGUCUCUCUCUCUCUCUCUCUCUCUCUCUCUCUCUCUCUCUCUCUCUCAAGGUUAGAGAGAGGAGAGAGAUACUGAGGAGCUAGCUUUAUCACUCAGUUACACAGGAGAAGAGAUAACCCUCUUUCUUUAUCGCUCUCUUUCUUUCUCACUCACUCUCCCUGUCUCAUUAGUCGCUCCACACACACACACACACACACACACACACACACACACACACCACACACACACACACACACGCCUGAGGGGACAGGACAGUGUAGUGAUGGGUCAUGGUACUGUAGUGUAGAGGGACAGUCAGAGGGCUCUGGUCAGCUCUACUGUCGUGUGUGUGUGUCAGCCCUACUGUCCUGUGUGUGUGUGUGUGUGUGUGUGGUGUGUGUGUGUUUGUGUCAGCUCUACUGUCCUGCCCUCUCACUGACACGUUCUCAUGCACUGACCAAGUGUCCCAAAUAGCACCCUAUUCCCUAUGUAGUGCACUACUUUUGACCGGAGCCCAUACGUUGCCAUUUGGGACACAAACCCACACUCACAUCACAACAACCACAUUCCGUAACACAUCGUUUUUACAUUGCUUUUACUGUAGCAUUUGUAAUAACGUAUUGUAUUUAUAAUGCAUGUAUACUUUACGUAUAUGUGCACCAAGGUACCAUGGCAACCAUAUUGCUUCAAAAGCUCAACACCCAUCAACACAUACAGAGUUCAGAGGACUGUUAUACCUUAAUCAGUGAAUAAUCUCUUCCAAUCUAUAACACUAAUACUCUAAUCUGUAUUGCGAUUAUUGGUACUAGCAGAACUCAAUAUUGACAGGGCAGCCUUUGACAGCCCAGGGAUGGAGAGGUGUGUGAGUGAGAUGCUCAGACCAUAUGUCAGCCCCAUAGCACAAACACAUUGCACGUACACGCACCCACUGUGGCGUUAGUUCAUCUGCCUGUUGUCAAGAAACAAAGAGAGAGAAAGAUAAGUUACUGUUUAAGAUGAUGAUGUCAACAGAGGAAACCUUAGGAGGAGCAGACUACAGAGUGAUGGAAUGAUGAGGGCUGACCUGACCAUUCAUAAAGCAUCACAGAGUAGGCGUGCUGAUCUAGGAUCAGUUUUGUAUUUAGGCUUAUAAUGAUUAAGAUCACAUGUACUGGGGGGAUCUGAUCCUAGCUCAGCACUCCUACUCUGAUACACUUUUUGAACAUAAUGGGUAUGAACAUCCUAUCUUGUUUUAAGGAGAGAUGAGUGAAUACUGUCAUAGGAUUGUAGGAAUGGUAGAGGUGGUAAGGGUGUGUGUGGUGGGGAGGGGAAGGGAAGGGGUGUAAAUGCAUGUUUGCCCGUUUGUGAGUAUGUGUGCAUAAAGUGGGGGGAAAAAAUUAUUUGAUCCCCUGCUGAUUUUGUACGUUUUCCCACUGACAAAGAAAUGAUCAGUCUAUAAUUUUAAUGGUAGGUUUAUUUGAACAGUGAGAGACGGAAUAACAACAAAAAAAUCCAGAAAAACGCAUGUCAAAAAUUGUAUACAUUGAUUUGCAUUUUAAUGAGGGAAAUAAGUAUUUGACCCCUCUGCAAAACAUUACUUAGUACUUGGUGGCAAAACCCUUGUUGGCAAUCACAGAGGUCAGAUGUUUCUUGUAGUUGGCCACCAGGUUUGCACACAUCUCAGGAGGAUUUUGUUCCACUCCUCUAUGCAGAUCUUCUCCAAGUCAUUAAGGUUUCGAGGCUGACGUUUGGCAACUCGAACCUUCAACACCCUCCACAGAUUUUCUAUGGGAUUAAGGUCUGGAAACUGGCUAGGCCAAUCCAGGACCAUAAUGUGUUAUAAAUUGAUUUGCAUUUUAAUGAGGGAAAUAAGUAUUUGACCCCCUCUCAAUCAGAAAGAUUUCUGGCUCCCAGGUGUCUUUUAUACAGGUAACGAGCUGAGAUUAGGAGCACACUCUUAAAGGGAGUGCUCCUAAUCUCAGUUUGUUACCUGUAUAAAAGACACCUGUCCACAGAAGCAAUCAAUCAAUCAGAUUCCAAACUCUCCACCAUGGCCAAGACCAAAGAGCUCUCCAAGGAUGUCAGGGACAAGAUUGUAGACCUACACAAGGCUGGAAUGGGCUACAAUACCAUCGCCAAGCAGCUUGGUGAGAAGGUGACAACAGUUGGUGCGAUUAUUCUCAAAUGGAAGAAACACAAAAGAACUGUCAAUCUCCCUUGGCCUGGGGCUCCAUGCAGGAUCUCACCUUGUGGAGUUGCAAUGAUCAUGAGAACGGUGAGGAAUCAGCCCAGAACUACAUGGGAGGAUCUUGUCAAUGAUCUCAAGGCAGCUGGGACCAUAGUCACCAAGAAAGCAAUCGGUAACACACUACGCCGUGAAGGACUGAAAUCCUGCAGCGCCCGCAAGGUCCCCCUGCUCAAGAAAGCACAUAUACAGGGCCGUCUGAAGUUUGCCAAUGAACUUCUGAAUGAUUCAGAGGAGAACUGCGUGAAAGUGUUGUGGUCAGAUGAGGCCAAAAUCGAGCUCUUUGGCAUCAACUCAACUCGCCGUGUUUGAAGGAGGAGGAAUGCUGCCUAUGAACCCCAAGAACACCAUCCCCACCAUCAAACAUUAUGCUUUGGGGGUGUUUUUCUGCUAAGGGGACAGGACAACUUCACCGCAUCAAAGGGACGAUGGACAGGGCCAUGUACAGUCAAAUCUUGGGUGAGAACCUCCUUCCCUCAGCCAGGGCACUGAAAAUGGGUCGUGGAUGGGUAUUCCAGCAUGACAAUGACCCAAAACACACGGCCAAGGCACCAAAGGAGUGGCUCAAGAAUAAUAAUAAUAAUAUGCCAUUUAGCAGACGCUUUUAUCCAAAGCGACUUACAGUCAUGUGUGCAUACAUUUUUGUGUAUGGGUGGUCCCGGUGAUCGAAACCACUACCUUGGCGUUACAAGCGCCGUGCUCUACCAGCUGAGCUACAGAGGACCACAAGAAGCACAUUAAGGUCCUGGAUUGGCCUAGCCAGUCUCCAGACCUUAAUCCCAUAGAAAAUAUGUGGAGGGUGAUGAAGGUUCGAAUUGCCAAACGUCAGCCUCGAAACCUUAAUGACUUGGAGAAGAUCUGCAUAGAGGAGUGGAACAAAAUCCCUCCUGAGAUGUGUGCAAACCUGGUGGCCAACUGCAAGAAACGUCUGACCUCUGUGAUUGCCAACAAGGGUUUUGCCACCAAGUACUAAGUAAUGUUUUGCAGAGGGGUCAAAUACUUAUUUCCUUCAUUAAAAUGCAAAUCAAUGUAUAACAUUUUUGACAUGCGUUUUUCUGGAUUUUUUUGUUGUUAUUCUGUCUCUCACUGUUCAAAUAAACCUACCAUUAAAAUGAUAGACUGAUCAUGUCUUUGUCAGUUGGCAAACGUACAAAAUCAGCAGGGGAUCAAAUACUUUUUUCCCUCACUGUAGGUGUGUGGUGUGGUGUGUGUGUGGUGUGGCGUGUGUGUGGUGUGGUUCUCUCAGGAGCUGAGAGAACUGUCACUGUUCUCUGCUCAUUAGUUACAGCUACAGAAAUAGAAGCAUCAUCACACACACAUCUGUCUGGUAAAACUUCCUUCUGCUGCUGCUCUCUUCUCUCUCUCUCUUUCUCGCUCUCUUUCUCGCUCUCUUUCUUUCUCGCUCUCUUUCCUCGCUGUCUAUCAUUCUGUCUCCCUCUCGCUCACACUGACAUUCUUUAUAACCUUCUUUGUACUGUCCUCCAUCUUAUCUAUCAUUCUAUCCUCUUCUCUUCACACGUUGUAGCCAGAAGCACCACUCUAGAAAUGCUGUUUAAAUCAUGUGUUGUCCUGGUAGUAGAAGAGGCGAACUUGCAAUCUAGCUGAAGAGAGUGGCCUUUUGCUCUGCAUGUAACAUGCUGUCAAGGUGUAUGAGUGUGCAUGUAGAACACACCUCUCUUCUCUGAUCCUAUGUUUCCAACCCCCUCCCUCCAUCCCCCUCCAUCCCCUGUCCCCCCUGCAUCGUUACCCAGCUGAGAGGGCCCGUGGCUGGGCUAGAGGACAGGCAUGUGCAGCCUCUCUAGGUCCUAGCAUGUAGAGGUGUUGUGUGUUUGUUUAAUCUCAAAGCACAUACAGUGGUUAAGCAAGCAAGAUAUCGCCACAGAAACACAUGAAGCAAAUACAGGGUCAUCAUAAGAUACAGUCCAUUAAAUACAGUGUAUUCAGACACUUUUACUUUUUCCACAUUUUGUUACGUUACAGCCUUAUUCUAAAAUGGAUUAAAUACAUAUUUUUCCUCCUCAAUUUACACACAAUACCCCAUAAUGACAAAGCGAAAACAGGUUUAUUUAUUUUUUUGCACAUAAAAAAGAAAAAGGUAUUCAGACCCUUUGCUAUGAGACUCGAAAUUGAGCUCAGGUACAUCAUGUUACCAUCGAUCAUCCUUGAGAUGUUUCUACAACUUGAUUGGAGUCCACCUGUGGUAAAGUCAAUUGAUUGGACAUGAUUUGGAAAGGCACACACCUGUCUACAGUGCCUUGCAAAAGUAUUCAUCCCCCUUGGCGCUUUUCCUAUUUUGUUGCAUUACAACCUGUAAUUUAAAUUGUUUUUUAUUUGGAUUUCAUGUAAUGGACAUACACAAAAUAGUCCAAAUUGGUGAAGUGUAUAUAUACACCUGUUCUGAAAGGCCCCCGAGUCUGCAACACCACUAAGCAAGGGGCACCACCAAGCAAGCGGCACCAUGAAGACCAAGGAGCUCUCCAAACAGGUCAGGGACAAAGUUGAGGAGAAGUACAGAUCAGGGUUGGGUUAUAAAAAAAUAUCAGAAACUUUGAAUAUCCCACGGAGCACCAUUAAAUCCAUUAUUAAAAAAUAGAAAGAAUAUUGCACCACAACAAACCUGCCAAUAGAGGGCCGCCCACCAAAACUCACAGACCAGGCCAGGAGGGCAUUAAUCAGAGAGGCAACAAAGAGACCAAAGAUAACCCUGAAGGAGCUGCAAAGCUCCACAGCGGAGAUUGGAGUAUCUGUCCAUAGGACCACUUUAAGCCGUACACUCCACAGAGCUGGGCUUUACGGAAGCGUGGCCAGAAAAAAGCCAUUGCUUAAAGAAAAAAUAAGCAAACACUUUGGUGUUCGCCAAAAAGCAUGUGGGAAGAAGGUACUCUGGUCAGAUGAGACUAAAAUUGAGCUUUUUAGCCAUCAAAGCAAACGCUAUGUCUGGCGCAAACCCAACCCCUCUCAUCACCCCGAGAACACCAUCCCCACAGUGAAGCAUGGUGGUGGCAGCAUCAUGCUGUGGGGAUGUUUUUCAGCGGCAGGGACUGGAGACUAGAUGAACAGAGCAAAGUACAGAGAGAUCCUUGAUGAAAACCUGACAGGGGCGAAGGUUCACCUUCCAACAGGACAACAACUCUAAGCACACAGACAAGACAACGCGGGAGCGGCUUCGGGACAGGUCUCUGAAUGUCCUUGAGUGGCCCAGCCAGAGCCUGGACAUGAACCCGAUCUAACAUCUCUGGAGAGACCAGAAAUAAACUGUGUAGCAACGAUCCCCAUCCAACCUGACAGAGAUUGAGAGGAUCUGCAGAGAAGAAUGGGAGAAACUCCCCAAAUACAGGUGUGCCAAGCUUUUAUCAUCAUACCCAAGAAGACGAGGUUGUAAUCACUGCCAAAGGUGCUUCAACAAAGUACUGAGUAAAGGGUCUGAAUACUUAUGUAAUUGUGAUAUUUCAGCUUUUUAUUUUUAAUAACUCUGCUAAAAUUUCUAAAAACCUGUUUUUGCUUUGUAAUUAUGGGGUAUUGUGUCUAUAUUUAUGAGGGGAAAAAACUAUUUAAUCCAUUUUAGAAUAAGGCUGUAACGUAACAAAAUGUGGAAAAAGUCAAGGGGUCUGAACACUUUCCGAAUGCACUGUAUAAUCCACAUAAUAAUUAACUUGUCCUGUUGCUGCAGCUCAAAUUAUGGUCCUACAUCUGUAGUUCAUAUAAAGAUAAUGUGAGUGAGAACGCGAGAGGGAGAUAUAGUAUAUACUAUGUGAGUGUCCAAACAUUCAAACAAACACACAGUAUUCAGAACACUCUCUUCUCUGAUCCUAUGUUUCCAACCCCCUCCCUCAAUCCCCCUUCAUCCCCUGUCUCCCCUGCCUCGUUACCCAGCCAAGAGGGCCCGUGGCUGGGCUAGAGGACAGGCAUGUGCAGCCUCUCUGGAUCCUAGUCCUCCAGUGGAAUUACACACUGACCCCUCUGCUGCCAGCAGUCAGCUUUGACUUACCCUGCCUGUCAACUAGGGUGUGGGUGUGUUUGGUGUUUGUGUGGGCUGCCCUAACCCUGCUCCAGCCUCUAACUACCACAGCCCUGCUCCAGCCUCUAACUACCACAGCCCUGCUCCAGCCUCUAACUACCACAGCCCUGCUCCAGACUCUAACUACCACAGCCCUACUCCAGACUCUAACUACCACAGCCCUGCUCCAGCCUCUAACUACCACAGCCCUGCUCCAGACUCUAACUACCACAGCCCUGCUCCAGACUCUAACUACCACAGCCCUGCUCCAGCCGUCCCUAAUAUAACUCAAAGCCCCAACCCACACUACACACUGCUAUUAUAAAGUAUGGUAACCGUCCUCCUGCUACUUUCUAUACUAUUGCGCAACAGCUUCUUCAUCACAUUUAUUCAUGGUUGCACAUUUUGCCACAAUAUUGUUUUGAACGUUUGUUUUAGGACUGAUGCUCAACUGAGCAUUCUACUCAAUGCAGUCUCAAUGGGUGCUGAUGAAGAUUUUGUCAAAGUGAUUUACUGUGGCUUGGAAACACGAUGACAUUUCAAAAGGAGGCAAAUAAUUAGUAGGACAAGCUUUUGUCAUCAUUGUGAUGUCUCCAGAUUGACUUUAGAUGCAGUAUAACUUUAGCUAGAGGGGAGAACAUUGCAUUUUUAGCUAGCUAACGUUAGCAUUGCUAGCUAUUUCUGACAAACUUUGCUAGCUAAUGGUACCAUUGCCAUCUCUCUAAAGUGAACCUGACGACAUCAGAAUGGUGGCAAAGUUGUUUUCUACAAGUUAUUUGUUUACUUUAGCCAUGUCAUCUUAUUUCCAGGCCACUAUAGUGUUCAUUUGACAAAACAGUCAUUAGCCACCGUUCAGAAAGACUUGGCAUUAACCAUCAAUCAGACAUCAAUAUGCUUGGGCAUCUGUAGAACGUUGAUAACAAUGGCAAUGAUGCGACCGAGUGAGGCAGGUGCAACCCAUGAAUACAACAAUUUGUUGAACAUGUUUGUUACAAUAUCCCUCCAAUACCAUGCCCUCUGCCCAUUUCUUGUCUUGAAUGCUUUUCCUGAACCAUAUUUGACACACAAUCAAAUCAAAUCAAAUGUUAUUCGUCACAUGUGUACAAUACAACAGGUGUAGACCUUACCAUGAAAUGCUUACUUUUUUGGGGGGGGGUAUUCACUCUCUCCGUCUUUCCCUCUCUCUGUCUCUUUCCCUCUCUCUCUUGCUCUCUCCUCCCUCUCUCUCUCUCUGCCUCACUCCCCUCCCUCUCCCUACCCCUCUCUCUCCUUCACCCCAGGUAUAAUCAUCGUCCCCAGUGCUGGGGUGGGUAUCGUCCUAGGGGGCUACAUCAUUAAGAAGCUGAAGUUGGGAGCCAGAGAGUCAGCCAAGCUGGCUAUGAUCUGUAGUGGGGUGUCUCUGCUCUGUUUCUCUACGCUCUUCAUCGUGGGCUGUGAGAGCAUCAACCUGGGAGGUAUCAACAUACCAUACACGACUGGGUGAGUUAAUACAAUACUACUACUACUACAAUACUACUAAUAUAAUACUACAGCUACUACUAUUACAUCAACAUAACAUACACCACUGGGUAAGUUACUACAAUACUAUAAUACUACUACUGCUACUACAAUACUACUAAUACAAUACUACAUAUAUUACUAUUACAUCAACAUGCCAUACACCACUGGGUAGGAGUUACUACAAUACAACUACAGAGUUACUACAAUACUACUACUAUACUGCAUAUAUUACUAUUAUAUCAACAUACCAUAGAUGCCCGGGUAAGUCAUGGAGAAAAACUACAAUACUACAAAUAUAAUACUACAGAUCUACAUACCGUACACCACUGGGUAAGAGUUACUACUACUACAGUACUACUACUAUACAACAUAUAUUACUAUAACAUCAACACAUACCAUACACCACUGGGUAAGUUACUACAAUCAUACUACACCGUUACUACAAUACUACUACACAUAUACUAUUAUAUCAACAUACCAUACACCGCCUGGUAAGAGUUACCACAUUACUACUACAAUACUACUACAGAUAUUACUAUUACAUCAAUAUACCAUACACCACAGAGUAAGAUACAGUAUAUCAGAGUAGUAAUAUUGUAGUAUAACUAUUACAUCUAGUUACAUCCCAUACAGCACUGGGUAAUAGUUUCUACAAUACUACUACCAUACUACUACAAUACAGAUAUUACUGUUACAUCAAUAUACCAUACACCACAGGGUAAGAGUUACUACAAUACUAUUACACAGAUGUUACUAUUACAUUAACUGGAUAAGUAUCACUGAUUUCACUGUGACUAUUACUACAGUGAAAUCCACAAGGUAAGAGUUGUUACUAUACUCAUCAUCAUUAUUGGCGGUCACUCGGGGUCGAGUAUGAUUGUCCUCCUGUUGGGUCCUGCUUGUGGGUCUUCAGAUGGCUGAUUUUGGUGCAGUGUGGGCAGGGGUGAGUGGUGGUGGUGGAUGGUGGUUGGACCUUCUUGAUGGAAAGUCUCUCCUUUCGAAGUUGCCGCUUGUCCUCUGCGGCAUUGCAGAGAUCUUCUUUGUACCGUGCUACUCCAUCUUGGACAGUUUUUCUCCAUGUCGACCUGUCUUUUGUAGUGUCCUCCCAGCUGGAGAUGUUUAUGCUGCACUUUUUGAGAUGAGUCUUUAGCUUGUCCUUGUACCGCUUCUUUUGUCCUCCAGGAGCCCACUGUCCUGAGUUUUUCUUGUGAAUACAGGACCUGUUUCAGGAGGCAUGAGUUGGGCAACCUGACACAAUGUCCAUCAGAGCUGUUGUUGUGUGGUGGUGGUGCUGCUGAUGUUUGCCUCCUCAAGCACACUGGUGUUGAUGCGCUUGUCUUCCCAGAUAAUCCUCAUGAUGUUGCGGAGGCAUCUUUGGUGGUGUGACUCCAGGGCUUUAAGAUGCCUGCUGAAUGUGGUCCAUGUUAAUGACCCAUACAGUAGGAUAGGGAGCAAUACUGCUUUGUAGACCAGGAUUCUGGUUCUGGCCUGGAUGUCACGCUGUGGUUGGUGGAGGAUUUUGGUCUUUUUUAUGUUAAGGGCCAGACCGAGAAACUUGUCUGCCUUUGAGGAGCUCCACAAUGGAAGUGUUGGUGAUUUUGCUCUUGGCCUUGAAUCUGUUCAGGUUGAAGAGUUUGCUGUCUGUUCUGUGCAGGAUUUGGACUCCCUGAGGCAGAUUUGAGCCUGUGAGGUGGAGGAUGGCAGCGAUGAAGAUAGAAAACAGGGUGGUUGCAAUGAUGCAGCCCUGUUUAACUCCAGUGUCCACCUUGAAGGGUUCCGUUUCAGAGCCACUGUUACUGAGCACUAAAGCUGACAUGUUGUCAAGCAUCAGUCGCAGUAUUCUAUUACUACUAUGUUAUUGGCUAUAACACUUAUACAUGAUUACUACUAUGAGUCCUUACAUCACUGAAAACUAUGCUAUUCUUAAAUGGUUUACAUUUACAUUACAAUUAGUAUACAAACGCUCUUUAACCAUCAGCAGACCUACCAAGAGCAUUAGGUUAAGUGCUUUUCUGGGCACUAGGUUCAUUAGCAACCUCACACAACACACAACAUCAUCACACAUAGCUAUGGAUAACCCUUUUACAUUGGGCGGGGGUGGGGUCACAAAGGUACUUACAAUAUCCCAGGUAAUCCCUAAAGAAACAUGGGCGUCAAAUAUCCUGCGUGAACGUGGUAGAUCAUCCCCCAUCACCUUGGUGUGAGAGUUUGUUUCAAUUGGGUCCCCAGCAAGUUUGAUGGUAGGUAGUUGCUCCGCAGCAGGGCACCACCGCGCCAGUGGAUGGCAUGUGUUGUGUGGACGCACAGACACAAAAAUACACACCGUCCCCCACAUGCUCCAAGGCAGCACACUUGAGCAGCGAGCUCAAUGGAACUCAGAGCAGAGUGGUACGUAGACUUGGAAUGAACACCAGACCGGCCGCAUCGGAUGAGUGAGGUUUGCCACUGUGAGCGAAUACAGUAUACAACACACGCGUUCUAUUCUAACCAUCAUCAACACCUACUCAACAGCCGUUAGUUCUAUUGGCAUGUUGUUGGUGUGACUGGUUCACUAGCAACCUCACACACACACACAAACAAUCAAUCAAAUGUAUUUAUAAAGCCCUUUUUACAUCAGCAGAUGUCACAAAGUGCUAUACAGAAACCCAGCCGAAAACCCCAAACAGCAAGCAAUGCAGAAGCACGCAACACUAUCAUCUGCUGUGGAACACAUAGAAUUCAUCCCCACAUCACCUUAUUUACGUUCUGUUUUAUAUAGUCCCCAUCAAGUUUAGAGUUAGUGUAAUUAUCACUCCUCAUGCUUAGUCCCCAUCCUGCGUCACUGGAUGGCAUGGAAGUCUGUGGACGCACACACACACACACACACACACACACACACACACACACACACACACACAAGGCAUGCACACUUAAGCACACGCACACGCUAACAAACUAACACACACGUGUACGUACACGCUCACACACCCAAGCACCCACGCACGCACGGACGGACAAACAGACACACACACCGCUAACAUGUAUAGCAUAUGUGAUCCAAAGCAACAGCUGUACAGUAUACCAGUGGGUGCGUCCUAAAUGGCACACUAUUCCCUUUAUAGUGCACUAUGCUAUAGUGGACUACUGGGACUUGGUCAAAAGUAGUUCACUAUGUAGGGAAUAGGAUGCCAUUUGGGAUGCAGCCAGUAUAUAAUGUGUCUCUCUCCCACUCUACAGUAUCCCACAUACCCUCUUCUAUUUUCUACCUCUGCACUGUCCUGUCUGACCUGACCAGUGUCCCAGACAGACUGCUCUGAGCAUUCCUUUGUCUCAGUGAGUCAGCACUGUCCUGUCUGACCUGACCAGUGUCCCAGACAGACUGUUCUGAGCAUUCCUUUGUCUCAGAGAGUCAGUGUAUAGAGCAGUUAACAGGAAGCUGUAAGCUGAUGAUGAAGAGGACUGGGUCUACUGACAAUAGCAUGAGGAAUGUCAACAGUGACACAACUACUGAUUCAUACUAACACACGCUCUGGCCGCGUCCGAAAUAGUACCCUAUACCCUAUAUAGGGCAUUGCUAUUGACCAGAUCCUGGGUAAAAAAUUGUGCACUAUACGGGCUCUGGUCAAAAGUCGUUCACUAUAUAGGGAAUAGGCUUCCACUUGGGAAGCAGACUAUGUGUCUGACCCUAGUUCACCUUUGACCUCUAUCGCCCAAGACUAACAUUAUACCAACAGUAGGGAAACAUAACUACAGUACCAGGAAAUUCAUUCACUGCCCCCUCUCCUGCUAUAAUAGAUUAAUCUAUUUCCUGUUGGCUGACUGUUUGGCUUUUUAUUUUAUGUUUCUGUAACAUCUGGUGGCUCCAUCUGGUGCAGCCAGCCAGUCACAGUGGCUUUGUCUCGAGUGGAGAUGUGUAAUCACCAUAGUGCGACUGGGUCGCCAAGCAGGGGCAGACUGACUCCAUUCUGUGCCCCCACUCCCUGCCUGUAGGCCUAGUGCUGGAAUGUGACGGGGGUUUGUUAUGUCAGGGUCAAACCCAACAACCCAACUCAAAACUGAACAGUUAUCUCAAUCUGACAUGACGUGAACUGACCUAACCGGACAGAUUGACCGAUAGAUAACUAGAUGUAAUGACUCUGCUCCAGGUCGUUAUUGGAAAAGAGAAUGUGUUCUCAAUGACUAAAUAAAGCCAAAAAAAUGUGACUGCUUACAUAAUUUGGAUGGAAUUGCCAUAAUAUGGUCUAGUAGUGCAUAAUGCCGUAAUUAUAUAAAUGGGGGGAAUAUCAUGCUAUUUGUAUGUUUUGAAUGUAAAAGUAGAUUCCUGACUGUGUGCUUUCACAAGGUGGUGUUUGUAGCCUGUCUACGGUUUCAACAUUUCCCAGGUUUUCCAGUGAUCCCAGUUGGAAGAUUCCCAGAAUCAGGAGGAAAUAAGCAGGAAAUUCGUGAAAGUUGUCAGAAUAUUAGGGUGUUGUGUUUUAGCCUGUCCCUCGUUCCGAUAGAGCUCAGUGUUGGAACUCCCAGAGUCAACUGGAGACGGGCUUCACUGCCCGACUGUGUUUAGAGGGAUCAGAUCAUUGUUUGAGUUAGAACCUGGUUCCCACAGAACUACUGCGAAUGUUUAUUCAGUCUCUCUUUCUAUAUCUCUUUCUCUAUCUCUCGCUCUGUCUCUCUCGAUCUCGCUCUCUAUAUAUACACUGAGUGUACAAAACAUUAAGAAUACCUUCCUAAUAUGGAGUUGAACCCCCUCCCCCUUUUUGCCCUCAGAACAGCAUCAAUUCGUCGGGGCAUGGACUCUACAAGGUGUCGAAAGCAUUCCACAGGGAUGCUGGCCCAUGUUGACUCCAGUGCUUCCUACAGUUGUAGUUCUUGACACAAACCGGUGCGCCUGGUACCUACUACCAUACCCCGUUCAAAUAUUUUGUCUUGCCCAUUCACCCUCUGAAUGGCACACAUACACAAUCCAUGUCUCAAUUGUCUAAAGGCUUAAACAUCCUUCUUUAACCUGUCUCCUCCCCUUCAUCUACACUGAUUGAAGUGGAUUUAACAAGUGACAUCAAUAAGGGAUCAUAACUUUCACCUGGAUUCACCUGGUCAGUCUAUGUCAUGGAAAGAGCAGAUGUUCUUAAUGUUUUGUACACUCAGUGUAUAUAUAUAUAUAUAUAUAUAUAUAUCUCUUUCUCUCUUUCUUUUUAUCUAUCUUACUAUUUAUUUUUUGUUCUUAAAAUACUGGUGUGCAACAUAUCAUUUCUCCAAUAAAAUUAAAUUGAAAACUCAACUCUCUCUCUCUCUCGCUCUCUCGCUCUCUCGCUCUCUCUGCAGGCCCACCCUGACUAUGACCCACCAUAACCUGACUGGAGGCUGUAAUGUGAACUGUGGCUGUAAGAUCCAUGAGUACGCCCCGGUGUGUGGCUCUGACGGCAUCACCUACUUUAACCCCUGCUUGGCUGGGUGCAGCACGGUGAGCAACGGCAGCACUGGGGUGAGUACACACUAGACUGACCAGGCGACACGUGUGUGUGAGUGUGUGCAUGUGAUGAGUAGGCUUGUCAGAGACCUGAAGAAUUGUGUUAGCUCCCCGAGUUCAAGGCUUUGUGUCCUUGAUCCUGAAAGAUUGUAGAGAGACACAACUCAACUCACAUUGUUAGCGCCAGCACACAAUCACAGGCCCCUUUUAUAACUGAAUGACACUAAAUUAUGUCAUUUGGGCAGUUGUUUUGAGUUAAGUGGUCUGUAGUGUUCCAGCUGUAGGGCUGGGCGAUGUAUCAAAUUAAUUUGAUUAAUUAGAAUUCGUUUUUGCACAAUAUUCCAAAUGCCUGUAUAGCAAUAAUCACGUUUUUGUUUGUUUCUAUUAGCAUUUCAGUCCGCUUGUUGUCUUUUUGGUCUCGUCUCCUUCGCUCCUUCUGUGCUGUGUGCACCUUCCUGUUUACACACACCAAGCCCCUCCCUCUGCCACUCACAACAACAAAGUUGAGCGAUCACUUCUUCCUCUCUGAUAAGCGGUUUCAACUCGCUAUUUGCAUUUGAGGUUUGGUCCAACAGAAUCGGUCAUAUGGACACUGAAACACAUUGAGUCAUUAUUUAACUGUAAUAGAGGAGAAGUUAACCUUUCUAACAAUAUGCUUUUUAGGCCAACUCCUCAAAUUCCGCGCAGAGCAGACACUACUAAAACGGGAGUAUCAAUGAACAUUGAUUCUGGAAAAUGAAUGCUCAGUUUGUCGCGCUCGGCAUUGCGGUACCAUGUACCGCUAGUAUUUUAGCCAAAGACUGUUUAUGCUAGCUGUCUAGUCUGUGUUUUAUACAUGUGCAAUAAGCAUAAAAUACAAUUAAAUAAGGAAUUGGCAACUCAUUCUCAUUCUGAGUAAAGUUAGGCCGCUUGAUUUCAACAUCUGAGCAAAGUGGACAGGCUAGCGUGCUGUUCAAACAGUUGGAGACAGAUAGAACGUUGUGUUCAUAACAAUUCAACUGUUUUAUCUUGUUAGCUAGCAAAUAGAUCCAAGUUGGCUGAACUUGAAAUAUAAAGAUUAGCUGGUUACUCCUUAACAGGUGGGCAUGUGCUUGAGAGAGCUGUGUUGAUGUUCUAUAAUGCCUGCUACAUGAAUGUAGUCAUUAUUUGUUAAUGUGCAUUUUUCAUGGUUCUUGCUAAAAGUUUUUUACAAAAAGGGCAUUUUCAUCGAUUUGAAAGCCAGAUCAAUGAUUAUUGCAAAAAAAGCAAGUUAAACUAUUUGUAUAAAAUAAUAAAGUUUAUAUGUUCUUAUGGUUGUUAAAGUCGUAUAAUUAGCCGAGGUAUAAUUUCACAAGCCCUGAAUUUAUUAGAGUUAUGCUGAUUGUCUGAAAUGCAGUGAUUUGACCUUUAAUAGUACAACAACGCUUAUUUAGAGAAAUCGCAGUAUAUACUCAGUGGCAAGUUUAUUAGGUACAUCUAAAUCCCCUCCAAAACAGCCUGAAUUCUUUGAGGGAUGGAUUUUACAAGGUGUGGUAUUCAAACGUUGCAGAAUUGCUAUCAACAGACCUAAUGUGUGCCAGAAAAAAAUCCCCACACCACUACACCACCAGCCUGUACCGUUGACAACAGGCAGGAUGGGGCCAUGGACUCAUGUUUCUUACGCCAAAUCCUGACGCUGCCAUCAGCAUGACGCAACCGGAACCAGGAUUCGUUGGACCAGGCAAUGUUUUUUCCACUCCUCAAUUGUCCAGUGUUGGUGAUCGCGUGCCCACUGGAGCUGCUUCUUCUUGUUUUUAGCUGAUAAGAGUGGAACCCAGUGUGGCCGUCUGCUGCAAUAGCACAUCUGUGACAAGGACCGACAAAUUGUGCGUUCUGAGAUGUCGUUCUGAACACCACUGAUGUACUGUGCCGUUAUUUGCCUGUUUGUGGCCCGCCUGUUAGCGUGCACGAUUCUUGCCAUUCUCCUUCGACCUUUCUCAUCAACGAGCUGUUUUCGACAACAGGACUGCCGCUGACUGGAUGUUUUUUUGUUUGUCACACCAUUCUCGGUAAACCCUAGACACUGUUGUACGUGAAAAGCCCAGGAGGCCGGACAUUUCUGAGAUCCUGAAACCGGCAUGCCUGGUCCCGACGAUUAUACCACGCUCAAAGUCGCUUAGGUCACUCGUUUUGCCCAUUCAAUCGAACAGUAACUGCAUGCCUCGAUGCCUGUCUGCCUGCUUUAUAUAGCCACAGGCACCUGACUCACUGUCUGUAGGAGUGACCAUUUUUGCGAACGUGGUGGUGUACCUAAUAAACAUGUCACUGAAUGUAUAUUGUGAAUCGCCCAUAAGUUUGACAAAAUCUAGAUAUGAUUUUUAGGCCAUAUCGCCCAACCCUAGCUAGCUGCACAGCCGUACUGAACAUUAUUCAGGAUUCAAAAUAUACCUUAUUCCCAAUAUCCCUGGUUGCCAAAAGAAACAAAAACAUAAAAUGAGUCUAUACAGUAUUCAGUAAAAUAUUGAUAGUACUUUUAAGCUCUGUGAGAGUUGAUUUGGGAUUAAACCAAAGAAGAUUAUCUAGUAUGUUAUGCUAGCCCAUUGUAAGCCAUUUAGCCGCAGCCUACAAUAACAUUGAGUCCUCUACCCCCUCUCCCCUUCUCUGAGAGAUCAACCCUGGGCAGGAAGACCCCUCCUAAAAACAAUAUCAGACAGGAUAUCACAGCAAAGCUAGAAAGGGAAAUGCCUAAGGUGAGUUAUAAAUGGCACCCUAUUCCCUAUAUAGUGCAUUACUUUUUACCAGGGCUCAUUGGGCACACAGAUUCUUUAGGCAGAACACUGGCCUUAGAGAGAAUGUGUGUUUGGCUGAGCACACAAUAUACCCACAGUGCAGAAGUCUCACCACAUAGCUACAAUACAGUAUAACAUCCCAAGGUGCCUUUGAUGCAGCCUAGGGAGCAGGGAAGGGUUUGAUUACCAGUGAGAGUUGAAUGUUUCUGCUGCAUUAGAGGCUUUAGGAGAUGGAAUACAAUGUCCCACUGGCAAGUUUGCGAGAAAGAGUGUGUGUGUGCAAGUUAGCUUUGUCCUUUCCUUCAAACCACAUACAGUGGGGGAAAAAAGUAUUUAGUCAGCCACCAAUUGUGCAAGUUCUCCCACUUAAAAAGAUGAGAGAGGCCUGUAAUUUUCAUCAUAGGUACACGUCAACUAUGACAGAGAAAUUGAGGGGAAAAAAUCCAGAAAAUCACAUUGUAGAAUUUGUAAUGAAUUUAUUUGCAAAUUAUGGUGGAAAAUAAGUAUUUGGUCACCUACAAACAAGCAAGAUUUCUGGCUCUCACAGACUUGUAACUUCUUCUUUAAGAGGCUCCUCUGUCCUCCACUCGUUACCUGUAUUAAUGGCACCUGUUUGAACUUGUUAUCAGUAUAAAAGACACCUGUCCACAACCUCAAACAGUCACACUCCAAACUCCACUAUGGCCAAGACCAAAGAGCUGUCAAAGGACACCAGAAACAAAAUUGUAGACCUGCACCAGGCUGGGAAGACUGAAUCUGCAAUAGGUAAGCAGCUUGGUUUGAAGAAAUCAACUGUGGGAGCAAUUAUUAGGAAAUGGAAGACAUACAAGACCACUGAUAAUCUCCCUCGAUCUGGGGCUCCAUGCAAGAUCUCACCCCGUGGGGUCAAAAUGAUCACAAGAACGGUGAGCAAAAAUCCCAGAACCACACGGGGAGACCUAGUGAAUGACCUGCAGAGAGCUGGAACCAAAGUAACAAAGCCUACCAUCAGUAACACACUACGCCGCCAGGGACUCAAAUCCUGCAGUGCCAGAUGUGUCCACCUGCUUAAGCCAGUACAUGUCCAGGCCCGUCUGAAGUUUGCUAGAGUGCAUUUGGAUGAUCCAGAAGAGGAUUGGGAGAAUGUCAUAUGGUCAGAUGAAACCAAAAUUAAAAACUCAACUCGUCGUGUUUGGAGGACAAAGAAUGCUGAGUUGCAUCCAAAGAACACCAUACCUACUGUGAAGCAUGGGGGUGGAAACAUCAUGCUUUGGGGCUGUUUUCUGCAAAGGGACCAGGACGACUGAUCCGUGUAAAGGAAAGAAUGAAUGGGGCCAUGUAUCGUGAGAUUUUGAGUGAAAACCUCCUUCCAUCAGCAAGGGCAUUGAAGAUGAAACGUGGCUGGGUCUUUCAGCAUGACAACAAUCCCAAACACACAGCCCGGGCAACGAAGGAGUGGCUUCGUAAGAAGCAUUUCAAGGUCCUGGAGUGGCCUAGCCAGUUUCCAGAUCUCAACCCCAUAGAAAAUCUUUGGAGGGAGUUGAAAGUCCGUGUUGCCCAACGACAGCCCCAAAACAUCACUGCUCUAGAGGAGAUCUGCAUGGAGGAAUGGGCCAAAAUACCAGCAACAGUGUGUGAAAACCUUGUGAAGACUUACAGAAAACGUUUGACCUGUGUCAUUGCCAACAAAGGGUAUAUAACAAAGUAUUGAGAAACUUUUGUUAUUGACCAAAUACUUAUUUUCCACCAUAAUUUGCAAAUAAAUUCAUAAAAAAUCCUACAAUGUGAUUUUCUGGAUUUCUUUUUCUCAUUUUGUCUGUCAUAGUUGACGUGUACCUAUGAUGAAAAUUACAGGCCUCUCAUCUUUUUAAGUGGGAGAACUUGCACAAUUGGUGGCUGACUAAAUACUUUUUUCCCCCACUGUAAACUGUGUAUGUGUGUUUACAUGAAAGAGUGUGUUUGUGUACAUAUAAUUAGGGGGUGCUUAUACAGUCCUGGGUAACCACUUCUACAUGUGAAAUGGAAAUAUAUUUUUUGCAUAUCCCACUCCCCCUGAGAGUGGGGUCACAGCCAGGGAUCAACCAUUAUUGACAGCGACCCUGGAACAAUUAGGGUUAAUUGCCUUGCUCAAGGGCAGAAUGGCUGAUUAAUUUGACCUUGUCGGCUCUGGGAUUCGACCCAGCAACCUUUAAAUUACUAUCCCAACGCUCCUAACCGCCAGGCUACCUGUCGCCCCUUAUACAGUAUUAACCGUGUAUUAACCAUGUACACCGUCCAUCUCUUUCGCAGAUAAGGAACUACACAGUGUGUGUGUGUGUGUGUGUGUGUCAUUAUUGUGAAAUUUUGGAGUCACUUUUAUUGUAAAUAAGAAUAUAAUGUUUCUCAACACUUCUACAUUACGGAUUAUCAUGAAUGAAUCGUGAAUAAUGAUUAGCGAGAAAGUUACAAAUGCACAAAGAUCAUACCCCCAAAACAUGCUAACCUCUCACCAUUAUCAAUAACAGGGAAGGUUGGCAUUUUUGGGGGGGUGUAUUCUAUUCUUAGUUACAAUAAAAGGCAACUCCAACAUGACACAAUACAUUAUUUACCAUUCAUUUAUAUUGGGCCCACAUAAUCCAAAACACAACCAAAACAAACAGCAAAUGCAUCCAACAAGUUUGUAGAGUCACAAGUUUGAUGUAGUCAUUAGUUAUGUUUCCAUUAACUUGUCCAGUGAUUUUUUAUCGACACAUAGAAAAUAAAUGUGACAAUUGCCUGCUACGGUGCAUUUCCGAUUAAUUGUCUUGUGUCGAUAAAAACAGCUGGACAUAAUAACAUCACACCUAGAAUGUCGAAUAGAAAUGAAGUGAUUAAACUGUUUCCAUGAUCUAUUUAGGCAAAUUGUGCAUUAAUAAAGUUGUGACAGCCUAUAUGCCCUGCCCACCUAUCUGUUUAAUUUCUCAGGUAGCCCGCAAAAGUCGGCAUGGAUACAAUGCAAAAAUGUAAUAUUUGCCAUAUUCAAACAAUUCUCAUAUGCCUAAUCAUCGCUAUGGUCCGUGCCAUGGUGUAACUUGCACUAAUGCAGGUCUAGUAAAGAACUGAAACAAUUUGGUGAAAUUUCAAAUUGCAAUCUAAAGCAAUUCAAUUCAUUCCUGCAGGCAUUCUUGAAAGUCAAGACAAUCCUUGUCUUGCAAAGAAACAAUUUUUAUAGUUGAUUAGGCUACAUGGAUUUUGCAAGCAGUAGGCAUUUAAAUGAAAUGUGGAGUGGAGCUUUAUAGUUACGCGAUAACAUAAUGUGCCCUGUGUACCUUCAAAAUGAUUCUGCAAUAUAAUUUAUUCAAAAUACACAGGUUCCAUAAUUUGUUGCAAUGAAGAAAUUUUGACAAAAGAAAAAUCCAGCCGUCGAACAGAUAAAAAUGUAUUCAAUCUUUAGAAAAUGUCUUCUACAUCUGCCGUUUCAUUUACAUUUACAUUUUAGUCAUUUAGCAGACGCUCUUAUCCAGAGUGACUUACAGUUAGUGAAUACAUAUAUCUAUAUUUUUUAAAAUAAUUUUUUUAUACUUUACAAAUGUCACAAUGAUUGUUAUUGCGACAUUGCUUUUGUCUAAUAAACCUGGGUCAGUGGAAAUCUGCCCAGGAAUAUGAGACCAAAUACAAAACGUUUGACUAAAUGUAAUACACUAUAAGUGAAUUUGUCCAAAUACUUAUAACAUCUUGAAAUGGGGGGACUAGAUACGUAAAGUGCUUUCAAUUCUAAACGGUAAAAUGGGUAUGUCCGAAAUAAUAAAUAAAAUGACAUUCUGUACUGUCGCCUCAUAUGAAACAUUUGAUCUCAUAUCCAAAAAUGGAGUAUAGAGCCAAAUUAAAACAUUUAGCUUCACUGUCCAGUGUAUAUGUAUUAACCAUGUCCAUCUCCUCCACCAACAGAUCAGGAACUACACCGAGUGUGCAUGUGUCCAGAGCCGACAGGUCAUCACCCCUCCCUCUGGUGGUCAAGGCAACCAACUGCAGCUGGUCAUCGUUAAGACCUACCUGAACGAGAACGGCUUCGCGGUGUCAGGGAAGUGUGACCGCACCUGUAACACCCUCAUCCCCUUCCUCAUCUUCCUCUUCAUCGUCACACUCAUCACCGCCUGCGCUCAGCCCUCCGCAAUCAUAGUCACGCUCAGGUAGGAGGACUGUGGCCAAAUUGUUUAACAUUUUAACUCAAACUCUCUAACUCUUUGAAAUGCAUAUUAAUGCUUUAUGAAUGCUUUCUGAAUGCUACGUAUCACCACUAUGUAAAGUGUUACUUAGCUUGAACCCUUUCCUUCAUGAACACUGAUCUAACUCCUAACUCCUCAUGAAGGAAGAAGUGUGACAUGGGAAUUAAAUUCUGGUGUUGAUUGUGUGAAAAGUGCAGAAUUAUGUGCAGUUGGCAUUAAUGCGUUGAGAUCAAGUUUUUAUCUAUCAAAUGGCAGAUUGCAAACACUCUCUGAAAUUCUUGAUAUUAACAGAUUAAAAGAACCCAGCUCCAGUUUAAACGAGAUUGCAAAAUGUUAGAUUUACGGGGCUUUGACUCCAAUGCUUCCCAUAGUUGUGUCAAGUUGGCUGGAUGUCCUUUGGGUGGUGGACCAUUCUUGAUACACACAGGAAACUGUUGAGCGUGAAAAACCCAGCUGUGUUGCAGUUCUUGACACAAACCGGUGCGCCAGGCAUCUACUACCAUACCCGGUUCAAAGGCACUUAAAUCUUUUGUCUUGCCCAUUCACCCUCUGAAUGGCAGACAUACACAAUCCAUGUCUCAAUUGUCUCAAGGCAUAACAAUCCCUUCUUUAACCUGUCUCCUCUCUUUCAUCUACACUGAUUGAAGUGGAUUUAACAGGUGACAUCAAUAAGGGAUCAUAGCUUUCACCUGGAUUCAUAUGGUCAGUCUAUGUCAUGGAAAGAGUAGGUGUUCUUAAUGUUUUGUAUACUCAGUGUAUAUGUUAGUGUUUUCCGUUUUAUAAGGAAAUGUAUGCACUUUAUAUGUUAGUGUGUUCCUCUGUAAGCCAAUCUCAUUCUCCGUCCAUCUGUCUCUGUCCAUCACUCCUCAGGUCUGUGGAUGAACAGGAGAGACCCUUCGCUCUGGGUAUGCAGUUUGUCCUGCUAAGAACUCUGGGUACGUUUCUGCAUAGAGAUCCUAUCAUUCAUAUUAUGUGAUUCUAUAUGUAGUUCUAUGAGUUACUGGGCAUUUCUACAAACGUAGUGAGCUUGUAGUGUUCCCACAUCAGUCAACCAACCAGUGGAGGCUGGUGAGGGGAGGACGGCUCAUAGUAAUUUUGGUCGGGAAUGGAAUUAAUGGUAUGGUAUCAAACACAUGAAAAACAAGUGUUUGAUAUUCCAUACCUUAGAUUGAAAAUUCCACCAGCCACCACUGAAGUCAAGUAUUUGAAAAGGUAUUUCAUGACUGGUCUGAAACAGCCUGUAGGCUUUUAGGGUAAUGCUAGAACAUGCUAGAACAUGCUUCUGACCAAGAUUAUUAUAGUUGUGUUUUUAUAUUUGUUUUUUUUUUCUUUUCGUUUAGAUUUUUAUUUGAAAUUCAGUUUAGUUUCAGUUAGUUUUCAGACCUGAGUUACACAUUUUUAUUUAGUUUGAGUUUUAUAAAAACAUUUCUAUUUCGUUGUUAUAUUAUUUAGUUUUAGGGACAGAAAGUAGCGGAUUUCUUCAAUGUUAGCUAGUGAUAGGUAGUGAUAGUGAUGCACAAGCUAGGCCUAUUUGAAACAUCUGAAUCUGGCAGGUAAAUGCUGCCAGGAGAUGGCGAAGCUUGAAAACCCCAUAAGUUUUUCCCCAAAGUAAAAAAAAUAAAAAUAAAAAACUUAACAUAAUUCAUGAUGGUUUUUAAUUUUAUUCGUUUUGGAGUCAAAGAUAAUAGUUUCAGUAUAGUUUUAGUUUUUCAAACGGGUUUAUUAAUGAUUUUAUUUCAGUUUACGAAAGUGUUUUCAUGAUUAGUUUUCAUUUUAGUUUCAGUUUUCUUUUACUAUAAUAACCUUGCUUCUCACCUUCUCACUGCUGGUAUGUGAACAGAACUCUCAUACUCUCAUUUGUAGCUUAAUGUACAGUACAGUAUAAAUCACGUAUAAUACUGUCAGAAUAAGUACCACCUGAAUGGAAGAUUUAAACCAGCGACUGCAUUAAAUCCAGGUGUUUAAUCCAGGGUUGGUUUGUGUGAACUUCAGACUGCUUAGCUGGCAUAUUUGGCCCAUGAACUAUGCCUCCGCGAUGAAGUUACCCCUAGGUACAGAUCUAGGAUCAGCUUCCCGCCGCCAAUCCUAACAUUAACCAUUAGUGGGGGAAAUGCUACAUUUAGUGGUUACAACUAGUGGUUAUUCCCAAACUGGUUUUGCACUGUAAGACCCAGCUAAAGACUUCUUCUAAACAUUCAAAACAAAUGUAUCUGGCUGCAGUCUAGCACUUAGAAGCACACAAACCUUAAAGUGUCAAACACUAGUUUAGGCAGCACAGCUGAAUGGCAGAUGGCAUUGUCUCUCACUCUAUUCUUUCCCCAGCGGUGUACAUACUUCAACACCACCUGUAUGCUGUGUUAUAACUGUUCCUCUCCUCUCUCUUCCUCCAGCCUAUAUCCCUACUCCCAUCUAUUUCGGGGCGGUGAUCGACACCACCUGUAUGCUGUGGCAGCAGGACUGUGGCGUCCACGGCUCCUGCUGGGAGUACGACGUCACUUCCUUCCGCUUCGUCUACUUCGGCCUGGCCGCCAGCCUCAAGUUCAUUGGCUUUGUCUUCAUCUUCCUCACCUGGUACUCCAUCAAGUACAAGGAGGAGCAGGCGGAGCGCUGGCACCAGCGACUACCCCCGUUGGGCACUGUCUCUGACCUCAUCUGCCACGUGGGGGGCCAGAAGAGCCACGCCCGAACCCGCUCCUGCCCGGUGUUCAUCCCGCCUUGCGACCACCCUCCCGUGGCACUCCUUCUCAACCGGGGUCACAGCAGCCUCAGUUGCCCCGGCAACACUCUUAAACCAAUAAACCCACCCCCUCCCUCUCUGCUGAUGCCGUACACAGAGGCUCCGCCCACAUCUGAGAGCAGGAAG